AUGACGUACAAGGUGGAUGUGGAUGAGGCUGACGUGGCUGUCCUCAAUCAAAACUUGGUCAAAUCUAAAGCUCUUUUCGAAAGUAUAAACCAAUCGCUCACCAAAAUCUCCACCAAAUCACAAGCAGCCCACACGACGAUUAAACCAGUAUUGGGACAAGUCAAUAAACUCACAUCGGCCAAACGAGAAGUUGAUGGUGGAUUGAAUCUCUUGUCUGAAGUGAGUCAAAGUGUUUCCCAAAUCAACAAUUUUGAAAAUGCCUUAAAUAAUAAUAUCGAAGUUAUUGGGUUGUUGAAAUAUGUCAACACUUUAAAUCAAUCACAAGAGUUGUAUGGUCGUAUCAAACCGAAAUUCAAACAAUUUAAAGGGAUAUUGUACAAUUUCCAAAAUGUGAUCGAAAGAAGUGAAUUAAAAGUACAAAAUUACGUUGAUGCCGUGCUCAAUUUAGAAACGAAUAAAAUGACGGAUAAAAAACAUGAAGUUAAGGUAAUUUUCGAAUACUUUAAUCAGCAGGGUAAGGAGCAACACAUUGUUAAUAAAUAUGUUGACAAGCGCGGUAAUAAAAUCAUUCAGCAUUUGAAAAUUGUUGAACAUAAUCUCAAGCCAACGAGGAUUUUUGAUGGUCCUUAUGAAAAGGGCACUAAGACGUACAACAAAUUCACCGAGGUGGUGCUUGACACAUUGAAAGAUGAAGUGCUUGUAUUGAAACAGUGUUCAUUGCCACUGGGUCUAAUUGGACAAAUUCUGGAGUAUGCUAUACGAGAAUAUAAUCAAGUUGUGCAAUCAUUAGCCACGCAAUUGAGUACGUCACUAGGUUCCAACACUGACAAUUUUCUCAUUCUCUUGGAGGUUAUCGACAACUUGAUGCGAGUCGAUUAUCAGUUGCAAAAUCGAUAUGUGAUUAAAAACAGUUCAUUUGGCAAGAUUCUUGAUCAAUUUAUUUUGAUUGGUGGAUCGAUAUUUCCUACAUGUAUUCGAUCAACCGAAGCACAAUUUGCACACAUUACUCAAUUCAAUAACGCUACAACGCUUGCUGUUACCAGCACUUCAAUAACUCUUGCAAGAAAAAUGUGUGAGUUUAGACAGUCACUUUUGAAAUUGAUUCAAACGCGCAAACCAGGCGAUUGGAUCCUGGAGUCGCCGCCAUUGCAGUACAUCUCGGUGUUCAACUCAAUCAUCACAAACACUACAUUUGAUGACAAGUCACCCGAGUUUUUAUUAUCGUCGUAUUUCGCCGAUAUCAUUGACUGUAUUUUGAUUAACAUUGAAAUCGGAUUAAAAAAGCCGACCGGAGAGCACCCCAUGAAGAAGUCAUCGCAAGGGUUUAUCCUUUUACGAAGCUUGUACAUUGGUGAACAAAUCAUUAAUCGAUCUAACGACUUGUUUCAAGUUCUUGGCUCAAAUGGACAAGAACGAAUUAACAAGUUGAGAAACCGAUUCCUUAAAUUAUUCCUUGAAGAUUGGAGCUAUGCUUCAUAUAUCAUUAUUGAACGAAUGACCCUUAUUGCCACGCAAUCAGGUCAAGCCACCGGUGGUUCUGGUGGCGGUGCCAAUCCCAACAUGUCAAUUGGUACUGGUGGCGGCCAAGCAACCAAUUUGACCAACAAGGAACGAGAGCAAGUGAAGGAGUUGUUUAAAAAGUUUAACGAAUCGUUUGAAGAAGCAUUGACAAAUUAUCGUGCUCUAGAGUUUGGCGAUUCGAGUCUUCAAAACAUGCUUGGUAAUGAAGUCAAGAAGAUGAUUUUGAAUGCGUAUUUCAAAUUGUAUGACAAGUACGGUAAUUCAGACUUUACCAAGAAUAGACUGAAGUAUAUCAAGUGGGAUAAGUUGCAAUUUGAAAGGUUGCUCAAUGAAAAGUUGUAA